CAAUGCUGCAUGAAGUUACAUUGUUGUUGUUGUUGUUGUUGUUGUUGAUAAAUGAUACUACUGGCGUAAACGAUUCGACUGGAGUAAAUGUGAUUGGUAAAAUUUAAGAUCUUUCAUAUUAAAAGUAAAAAUGAGAAAAUCAGCUUACAAUUCAAGACGAGUUUUGUUUUCUAUAAUAAUCUUAUUUUUAAUUUAGAGUAGUGAAACAGGGUCACCACUAGAGGCUUCCAGUAAUAGACAUUCGGGCGUGACUGGAUCAGUAUAGUUGUAAAUGACUUGUUUCAGGAACCAAAAAGUAAGCGGAUUCUACAUCAGUAUCCCCUGCACCGCAUCAGCUACUGCGCCGACGAUAAGGGGGAAAAGCGCUUCUUCUCGUUCAUUGCCAAAGAGGCGGAGCGGGACGCCCACUCGUGCUUCGUUUUUGUCAGCGAAAAACUGGCAGAGGAGAUAACGUUGACCAUCGGGCAGGCGUUCGAUCUCGCGUACCGCCGCUUCAUGGAGACAUCUGGCCGCGACCUGGAGGCGCAGCGCCGCCUCAUCCUCCUGCAGCAGCGCGCCAUCCGCGCCGAGGCGGAGGCCAGCGCGCUACGGCGCCGCCUGGGAGACGUCGCCAAACUCGCGCCGUCGGCCGAAUUAGACCGAUAUUUGGCUCGUGAAGGUGUGCAGGAUCUACUGACUGUGGACUUGGUUGGUCUUCCUACAUUACCCACGUCUCCGAUAGGUGCUCCUGGAAUUACUUCCAGCAGUUCUGACACCUCUAAUUCUCCCAGCUCCUCAGGCGUGAGUUAUGAUCUACUUGGAACAUCAACUCCUGAUACUUCAGUUAAUAAGUUGGAACUUGCUUCCUUAAAUUUGAGCACCAGCCUCAACACCAGUGGUGGUGGCAGCAGCACUGUCAAUGCUGGCAAUGGUCUGCAGUCUCCUCCACCCCCAGUUCCACCACGGGCUUUCGAGACUCCCAGUUCCUUGACUUCUUCGAUGCGUACUGACCCUCCAACUGUAGGUACUAGGCUGGAAGGGUUACUAUUGGAUGAAUUGGACACUGAUGAUGACUUUGAUCCACGUGCCUUUGAGAGCUCUGUUGGAAAUGGCAAUUCUCCAGUCUCUGUUAUGGAUAGUCAAGAUUUGGAUACAGACACUUGCAACAAAACUGCAGCUCCUAGAUUGGCACCCCCACCAAAAAUGUCGAGAGAUUCACGCCGUGCCCAUCCUGUGAAUGGUACAUAUGCUCCAACGACUACUGACAACCCCUUUAAAGAGGAUUUAUUUGGAUCCACACCAUUUAACCCUUCAGCUGCUCCACAGACCAAUACUGUGCCAAAAAUGAAUUCCCCAGCACAAUCGUCUGCAGUUACUGAUCCAUUUGGCAUGGGAGAUUUCUCUAGUGGGAAGGAAUCUCAAUACCUUGAAAAUGCCAUUGGACUUCUUGACAAACGUAUUUUGGAAAUGAAGGAUGGUUUCAGUAGGGGAUUAUCUUUUGGAAAUGAUGACUUUUCUUUGGAGAGCUUGGAUCCUCUGCGAAAUUGAAAUAUGACGGUUACUAAUUCAUUUUCAAAAUGGUAAAUUUCAAAUAUUAUUUUUAACUAAAUAAAGGAGCAAAAGUUUGAUCAGAAAUAUGAAGUUAAUGCUUCAAUGUAUAUUCUUGAUACCCAAAAUCUGUCAUUGAAGAGUUUUUCUCAAGUGAAGAAAAACUGGCAGCAUAAUGUUUACUAUUGAUAAUGAUUCAUCAGUAAUUUUCAAAACUUUAUAAUUGAUAUUUUUCAUGUAUUGUAAUGAUAAUAUUUUGUUUCAAGUAAUUUUUUUUAAUUGUUAGUGUCAGUAUCUGUAUAAUUGUUAGUGGUGCUGAUUAAUUGGCAUCUGAAUUAAUUUUGUUUCCUGUUGCCUGUCUGUUCCUGUUUAAGGCCAAUACAAAAAAUGUAUAUUCCUCUUAAUAAAUAUUUUUUUCCAAUUUAAAAGAGAGAUUGGAAAUGUGAAUUAUAGUCUGUAAUUUUAUUUGUGUUUUUACUGUAUUUCCUUCUAAUGUAUGUAUUCAUUUGUCAUGUUUCCUGUUCAGAUGUUUCAAUUUCUUUGCCAUAAUGUUAUUGUUUCUUCAACUGCUAACUUCCUCACUAUUGAAAAAUAUUUAAGUAAAAUGGGAAAAAAAUUUAUUGCUAAAGAUCAGCCAAUUAUAUUAAUUGAUAAUUGCGUUUAAUCGAGGGUAUUACGUACCAUUAUGACUUUAUCACUGAUUUUUUUUUAGACAUUUUGAAUUAUUCAUGCUGCCAGGUCUGAAUUAGCUACUGCAAUAUGACAUUUUAAAUUUUUAUGAUGAUCAGUAAUGUAUUGCUCUAAUAGUUAUUUUGAAUGAAAACACUGAAAUUUUUUAUUGCUUUGCAUUACUUUAGGAUAACUUCUAGGGUGCUUCACUUAUAUUUUAGUGUUAUGGAUGUUAUAUUAUUAAUUAAAGGGAGAAAAAAAUCAUUUUAAUGAUCAAUUUAGUGAUUGUCAAGUAAUUAUAUGCCAAUAUUACUCUAUACUACAUUUGUUAUAAUAGCUUGAAAGUUAAUUACAUUUCUCAGCACUUUAGUCUUUGUCUACCAUGUAAUUUGAUAGUACAUAUAUAGUAACAUGGCAUUUCAUUGAUUUAUAAUAUCUGAGAACUUUAUCCAUCUCCCUCGGUUUAUGUUCACCUUCAGGAUGGCAUUACCUUCUGAAUAAUUUUUCAAGUAGAUUUAAUUGCUUUUAAUAUAACAUGAGGAGUAUUUACAUAUCAAUAAUCUAUGUAUGUUUUCUUCUAUUGUUUACUUCCUAGUGUGUUCAUUAAAAUUGCAAGAAUUAUAAUUUACCUAGGUGCUGAAUACUAUUGUUAUGCAAAUGGGACAACAAUUUAUUAGGGAAAGAAUGAGAAUAAAUGUGUACACUAUAAUGUUCUGUCUGUAAUGAAAUAAUUAGUAUUAGGAAAGAUGAUUUAAACUUAAAAUGCUGAAUUCUUGAACAAUAUAAGACGUCAAUUUUUCCAUACAGCUAAAAAAAUCUAUUGUAAUUAACAAAACAGUAUAGCUCAAAUGAAAGUUGCUGAGACCAUGUGUUGUAUUUAUGCUGUUUAAAUCUUAUGGAAAUCAAUUUUUAAUAAAAUGGACAAAAUAGGGUGCUAUUGACUUUGAGUAUCAUUCCAGAGAACAAUGUGAUAAUUUUGUCAGGUGGCAAUGAAUCUGUCUCUGCCUUUCUCUCUCUCUUUUGGAGAAUUGCCUUUCAUGUGCUGUGUCACAAAUACAGAUGUUUCAAAAAAAGUGCGCAAUCGCGGACGUCAAGUAGAGGAGAUCAAGGGAAGUAGGUUUAAUCAAUGAAACAGUGAAGUGCAGAGCACCAACUUCUUAGAUCCAGGGGUUCAUUGACUUCUUCCCUUGACCCCCUCUACUUCUCCUGUGCAUUUGUGCAUUUUUUCCGGAACACACUGUAAAUUAUUGCAUAUUUAGAGCAGUAUAGAUAAUUAUUUAUUAAAUAAUUGAAACAAAGUUUUAAAAUGUUCUGUUUCAGUCUUGGAGUAAUUUAGCUCUAUUGCAUUAAUACUUUUAGAAUUAAGUUUUCUGUGAUACUGCAAGUGUUGUUCAUAUUAGCACAAUUUGCAUAGGAUUCUCACGGUGUCAAUCCAAACAUUAAAUUUCUUGCAGUAUUACCAUUUUAUUAAUUAUUGCGUAUGGAAAGAAUUCCUGACUUCUUCUGAAUUUUCAAUUUGAAAUGAUGAUAAUUAAUGUGUACUAAGGGAGUAAAUGUUUGAAAUACUGGGUCUCAAUUCCUACUUAUCUUAUAUUAAUUAGUUCAGUAAUAAGUACACUAUUGUCAAAUAUUGAUUAUUUUCAUUCAAUACUAAAGCAGCAAAAUAAAGUAAUUAACAAAAAUAUAAAAAAUUAGGCAGAUUAAAAAAUGCCAGAAAUACAAGCUUUUAAUUUCAUCAAAUCAAAUUCUUCGUGGUGUUAUGCCAAUUCAUGUUCAGAAACAUAACAAAAUAAUUUCAAAUGAAUGAAAUGUGUAUUAUUAAAUUACUUUUGUCAAUAUUUAAAGCUUAAAUUAUUCUUUACACUUUUAUGUAGUUGAGUAUGCCUAGAAAUUAAACUCAAGGAAAGUACAGAAAGAUGUCUAACCUUUAAAAAAUAGCAAGCAUCAAGCUCAAGCAUCUUAAUGGGAUGUUGUCCAAUGAAACUACUUUUUUAAACUGUUUUAGAACAUUUAUUGUUUCUUCAUCAGGGUGUAGAUUUUAAGAGUGUUGUUACUACACUGAUUACAUUAUAAUGUUUGUACUAAUAAUGUACUCUUCUGUAUGUAAUUCUCUUCUGUAAUGUAAUAUAAUAAUUGUACUCUUCUACAAAAAAAAAAAAAAUAUAAA